AUGGCGGAGCUCCGAAAUGAAGACCCGACGGCCUUUCACAUCUUCAUGAGAAUGCCCAUUGCCAUGUAUGAUGAACUGCUGGAGAGAGUGACAGGAAGACUUACUAAAAAGGCCACCUUUAUGAGAGACCCCCUGGACCCAGGCUUGAAGCUAGCACUGACUAUCCAACACCUUGUCUCUGGGAACACGUACGCGUCCAUGAAGUUUUCUUGGCGGGUACCAAAGUGCACCAUAUCUCUGGUUGUGCGAGAGGUAUGCGAAGCUAUCAUAGCGACGUACCUGGAUGAGCUGAUGGUUUGCCCAACGUAUACACCCAACCAAUGGCGGCAGAUAGCUGACAGGUUCUACCAGAAGUGGAAUUUUCCUCACACCUGUGGAGCUAUAGAUGGGAAGCACGUGGCCUGCCAAGGCCCUUGGAAUAGUGGUUCCAUGUACUACAACUACAAGGGGUUCUACUCCAUCUCGCUCAUGGCCUUGGUUGACGCGGAUUACAGAUUCAUCUGGGCUGACAUUGGUGGCCUCGGUUCUGCAUCCGACGCCCAAGUCUUCUCUCAAGUCUUCAAUGCAAGUGAGCUGAAGGAGUGCAUAGAGGAUGGUACAAUCGGGUUUCCAGAUCCCGAGCCUCUUCCCAACGACACCCAAGAUGUUCCAUUCUUCAUCAUAGGUGAUGAUGCUUUCUCCCUGAGGACCACCAUGAUGAAGCCUUACAGUGGCAGGGGCCUGGCUAGAGAAGAACGGAUUUUCAAUUACCGUGUUUCUCGUGCAAGGAGGGUCGCAGAGAAUGCCUUUGGCAUUCUAGCUAGAAGGUUCCGGGUGUUGCUCACCACCAUGCAGCACCACCCCUCCACAGUGAAGCUCAUAGUCACAACAUGUGUGCUGCUACACAACCUGAUGCGGAGCCGGUACCCAGCACUGCAGGAUGUAGAGCUAGACCAGGCAGAGGAUGUGCAACAUGAAUUUGUACCGUGGGGCAUGGAGAGAUGGUCACAACUUACAGGACACCAUCAACGUGACUGGUCCCAACAGAGCCUCCAGGGAAGGGAAGAUGCAGAGGAAGCUGCUCAAGCACUGGGUCAACUCUGA